AUUUCUUUUCUGAUCCCUUCUGUUCUUUCUCAGCGUCUGAGUGUGCGAUGGACGAGGCUCCGCAGUUAAAUAGACAAAUUCUGCGGCUGUGACGCAUCAGCUGAUUAACACGUGGCGCCAAUCGUCGUCGGCAUCACUGACGCUGGGAAAGGAUGGGGAGAGUCAAAGGGAUUGGGUUAGGGUCGAAGAAGAACAGCUACGGGUUUGGCAAAAAGGACACUGUACCGGAACGGUUGAAAGCAGCGGGCCGAACCAGAACCUCGUCGCCCUGCCAUGGACGAGCAGGCGGGCCCCGGGGUGUUCUUCAGCGGCGGCAGCGGAGUCAAAGCUGCGCCGCUCGGAGACGUCACAGAGACAGCCGGAGCUCAGUACAGCAUCGCGGGGAUUUUACACUACCUCCAGUACGAGUGGGCCCGGUACGAAGUAGAGCGGGCUCAGUGGGAGGUGGAGCGGGCCGAGCUGCAGGCUCAGAUCGCCUUCCUCCAGGGCGAGCGACGAGGUCAGGAGAAUCUGAAGAAAGACCUAGUGAGAAGAAUCAAGAUGUUGGAGUAUGCGCUCAAACAGGAGCGGGCCAAGUACCACAAACUGAAAUAUGGAACCGACCUGAACCAGGGAGAGAUUGAAGUCCCCAGUUAUGACUCAGAUGAGGGUGAUGACACUGAAGCUCCCAGUCCUCCAAACAUAAGCAGCCAUCAUCAGCUCAGCUGGAAACAGGGACGUCAGCUGCUCAGGCAGUACCUGCAGGAAGUGGGCUACACUGACACCAUCCUGGAUGUGAAGUCUCAGCGAGUGCGAGGUCUACUCGGUCUGACGGAGGAUUCCAAAGUCAGCAGAACUCAACCCAUGGUCAACGGUACCGAACCGUCGUCUCAGAACUACAGCACCAUGAUCAGUAAACCUGAAAUGUCCGACUCCGCCACCGUGCUGGAGGCCUUCAAAUUCAUUGAGAGCGCCGUAGCCUUCUGUGAUGAAGAUGAGGAGGAAGAAGAGGAGGCCGAAGGGCAGGACAGAACCAUCCUGGAACUGGCUACAUUAGUGAAGAAGAAACAGUCAUCAAUGCCGUCUUCUACGACUUCAGACCUCAGUGACGACCCAGACGCAGAGAAGGCCCUGAAGGGGUUCGAUUUCUUGGCGGGUCAGGAUGAUCUGGACGGACUGCCUGAGCCUGGGACCGAGAAGCAGCAGCCGUCCUCCGUGGCUGAAGCGUCCUGGAUUGUGGAUCAGAGUCUGAUCGCCCAACUGAAGGAGCAGUACAGGAAGGAGCGCAAGGGCAAAAAAGGAGUGAAGAGACCAAACCGCUCUAAGCUCCAGGACAUGUUAGCCAACCUCCGUGAUGCUGAGGAUCUCCCAUCAGUCCAGCCUUCUUUGGCUCCGCCCACCAGGCCUAGUGUCCCCAGACUUACAGAACAGGAAAUCGGUCGGCUGGACGAGGAGGCCAUGACAUUCCUACCAUCACCUGGAAAAUCUUUCAUCCUGGGUCAAGUGGAUGAGGCGGUUUCCCACGAGCUCGGUCUGGGAGAACUGGCCGGACUGACCGUGGCUAACGAAGCUGACGGCACGUCAUAUGACAUCAGCACCAGCACGGACGCCCUGAGGAAGACCUGGAAUCCCAAGUUUACUCUGCGCAGCCACUUUGACUCAGUGAGGAGUCUGGCCUUUCAUCCAGUGGAGCCCAUCCUGAUCACCGCCUCCGAGGACCACACCCUCAAACUGUGGAACCUCCAGAAGACGGCGCCAGCCAAGAAAUGUGCUGCGUUAGAUGUGGAGCCCGUUUACACGUUCAGAGCACACAGUGGAGCCGUGCUCUGCGUCACCAUGACAUCCAACGGUGAACAGUGCUUCAGCGGAGGAGUGGACGGUAACAUUCAGAGCUGGAACCUCCCUAAUCCCAACAUCGACCCCUACGACUCAUACGAUUCCUCUGUCCUCAGGGGGGCGCUCUCUGGUCAUACCGACUCAGUGUGGGGUGUGGUCCAUAGCUCCGCCCAUCACCGUCUUCUGUCUUGCUCCGCCGAUGGGACGAUGCGGUUGUGGAACGCUGCAGAUACCUCACCGUGUCUCGCUGUUUUCAACGAAAAAGGAGAGCUGGGUGUGCCGACCUCGGUUGACGUGGUGACCUGUGAACCAAAUCAAAUGAUAACGUCAUUCUCCACGGGACACAUUUGCCUCUUUAACAUGGAGACUCAGCAGCUCAUCCUGAAGAUUGAUUCUGCUGGACCACCAGACGCUCCAUGUAAAAUCAACAAAGUGCUGAGUCAUCCUACGCUUCCAAUCACCAUCACGGCUCAGGAGGAUCGCCACAUUCAGUUCUUUGACAACAACACAGGUAAAUGUGUCCACUCCAUGGUGGCUCAUCUGGACUCGGUGACCAGUCUGGCUGUGGAUCCAAAUGGACUUUACCUCAUGUCAGGAAGUCACGACUCCUCUGUGCGUUUGUGGAACAUGGAAACCAAGACGUGCAUCCAGGAGGUCACAGCUCACCGUAAGAAGUUUGAGGAGUCCAUCCACGCUGUGGCGUUCCACCCAACCAUGUGCUAUAUCGGCAGCGCCGGUGCUGACGCGCUUGCCAAGGUUUUUGUAUGACUGAACACCACCACUCACCCCCCGCAUCCCCCCCCCACCACACACACACACACACAUACUCACUGGACUUCGGCUGGCCUGGGUCCUGACAACACUCCACACGCCAAUGAGGAACAGACAACAAGCCAAAAACAAGCACCUGUCAUCUUCAGCUCUAGUCUGUGUUUGCGUUGGUCUGUGCCUUUACAUGAUCUUAGAAUUCAAGUUGAGCAGAUAUUAGCCCCGCCCACAAUGACAACUGUUGCUAUGGCGACUGCUUUUACUGAUAUUUUAUUCACUUGGCAUGGAUUUAAGUGUAGACAAACAGAGGCUUUUAUUGUGAAAUGCCCAAAUUUAUUAUUGUAGGCAAACAUAAUCAGACACUUUAUUUCGUUGUCAUUAUUAUUAGAGUCCUAAUGAACAUUGAUAAGAAUGUUACAGCGAGAGGUUUAGGAAAAUUGGUUGUUUUUUCUGUACCUAGAGAAACAGAAAAUAAAAGUUUGAGGAACAAAAUCUGGAGGUUAAUGCUAAAGUGCUGAAGAGGAGAUACAAUGAUCUUUAUUUUUUGCAAAACUGCAGCUUUGUAAAUUAUUAUUUAUUUUUGUGGAAAAUUUCAAAGCUGUGGCGUCGUGUGAGUUUGUGAACAAAAUUUGAUCUUGGAAAUGUUGAAUGUGGAUUAACAGUUGAUCAACAAGUGGAAACUUUUAUUUUGAAAAUUGCAUGCUAAUAUAGUAGCGAUGCUAACCCCUGUAUGUCGUUGACGUAACAUAUACAAUGUAUGAUCAUGUUAUGUCAGUUUUAAGGUAAAGAGAAUUCUUCUGAUUCGCCACUAAAAUAAUGUCAGUGUGGGCGGAGCUUAAGAUUGUUGCCCCCUCGUCUGCUUCAAUUAAGCAAACGAUAACUUAAUGGUUUUUGAUUGCUCAGCAGGUCUAAGGACCAAAAGUGGCAGUUUUGCACGUGUAAACACGACUACAUUAAAGUCAUCAUAGAGUUUGCGGUAUUCUGGGAACAAACUGGUAAUUUUUGUGUAUUUUUUUCAUAUGUUUUUUCUGAUGUAAAUAUUUGUAUUGAGGUUUAUUUUAAUAAUUUAUUGAUUGUUAAAACCUGCGACACUACUGUAUGUUUUCAUUGUUGUUUCUUCUUUGAUUUUGUAAUGGUUUUAGAAUCAACACAAACAACCAUCAGACCAACGUGACAGGUUGCUAAUGCUAACUCAGUCCUCUGGGUUGUUGGUUUGGUAAAUUUGUUUGUUAAACUUUUUUAUUGGCUUCCUUGUUUGUUGAUGAUGACGUUUUCUAACUUGAGAGUUUAUUCUGCUGCUCCGUUGUGACGUGUCACUCCCUGUUUUUUGUUUAAUUCUUUUUUUAACCAAAAUUCUGUGUUGAACGAUGAAGCUGUUUCCUUCUGAAAACUUUACUAAUGUAAGCGGAGAAAAGCCUAAAAAAGCUGUUUGUACAGUUUUUAGAUUUUAAAGCACUUUUGUUCAUUAAUGUGAAGGGCGUGUGCACAUAGGACUAGAACGUGAGUUAUUAAUUCUUGCUGCCUUCAACACGAAACUCGAUACAAUGUUUUUACAUUGAAUUGACAUGUGACACGUGACAUAAAUAUGAAUGGCAGCUAUCAUACAUUAACAAUAAUAUUAAACUAUUUUAAAGGCUAAGGGCAAAGUCAGGAAAGCUAGUUAAUACAAGUGAAGGUAUGCGUUAUGUAAUCUCUGAAGAACAUUUGGACCUUGUUGUUCUAGUCACCUAAUUAUAGUAAGUUAUUUUCACUUUGUAAAAAAGUCACAGCAUAUUUGAUUACUGAGAAAAAUGUGAGGUAUUCAUAGUGUUUCUACUGUACACAUCAACUAUCCAUUGUUGAACAACUGUUGUUUGAGGAAACCAUUUUUUAUCAGAAGCAUCAGAACUCGUCUCUUUAUUUUACCAAGUUAGUUACUUUUGAAGGUUAUAGCACUUAUAGGUGUGACAUCACUUCCUUGAAUGAUGUCAGUUUAACUAAAUACAAAAAUGUAUUAUUAAUAUAUUAUUAAUUUCGUUAUUUCCCAUGUACAGUGAAGCAUUGUAGAGAAUUUAGACCAUGAUAUGUAGAUAAAGAAUUAUAUAGCUGUUGUUCUUUUUAAUUUGAAAUAAAUGGGAGAGAUACAUAUUUAUCAAUAACAAUAAUAAAGGUAUAUGUUGUAUAUCA